GCAAAUACUUAUUUCUUAUUAUUUUUACUUUAAUAUUACAUCAUAUAAAAAGUGUAAAUAUAAGACCUAAUAAGAAGAUAUCGAUUCUUCCUGAUCUUACAAUCUGUACACUUGCUAUCUUUCUCUCUGAAUCAAGGAAAUACUCCUUUGAUCUUCAAUUUUCUGUAAAAGUUUACAUGGUAUCAGUUUAGCUUCAGAUUCGAUCGUUUCUUCCGCUCAUCUGAAUUCUCUUUCCGUUUUUGAUCGCUAAAUUCGUGAAGAUGCCGGAUAAUCAGAAUCUCACCGAAGAUCCUUCGUCACCAUAUUAUCUGCAUCCAGCCGAUCACUCAGGCGUUAGGAUCAUCUACGAAAUGUUUAACGGUGACAAUUACAAUGCUUGGCAGAAAUCUGUUGUUAUGGCUUUUACGGUCAAAAACAAGAUGGCGUUUAUUGAUGGAACCAUAUCUCAGCCUUCAUCUGAUGAUCCUCUCUACUUGGCUUGGUAUCGGGUAAAUGCGCUCCUUCUAUCUUGGCUUGUUUACUCGAUUAUACCUGAAAUUCGUACUACUUUUCUCUACUUUACCGUGGCUAAAGAUGUCUGGGAAGAAGUUAAGCUUCGAUAUGGAAAGAGCGAUGGACCUCAUGUUUUUCAGCUUGAAAAAUCUUUGACUAAUCUGUCUCAAGGUUCUCAAUCUCUUACUGCUUUCUAUAACUUUUUCAAAACUCUAUGGGAUGAAUACUGCAAUUAUAGGACUCCUCCUGUCUGUAAAUGCGGUAAUUGUACUUGCAAUCUCAAUGAACUUUAUCAAGAACUUUUACAGAGAGACUCUGUCUAUAAAUUUCUCAUUGGACUCAAUGAAUCUUACAAUGUCUUGAGAAGUCAGAUCUUGUUAAAAAUUCCUAUUCCAAAAUUGUCUACUGUCUAUUCUCUUCUUCUUCAAGAAGAAUCUCAGCGUUCUUUACAUAAUCCUACUGAAUCUGUAGCAAUGCUUUCUCAACAUAUUCCUAAUACUCAAUCUCAAUCCAUUGCUACAUCAUCCAAUACUGAAUCUCUUGCUUUCAUUGCCAAAUCUAAUCCAAAGAAAAAGUAUACUGGCAUUUGCUCUCAUUGUGGUUUUCAAGGCCACUCCUCUGAACGUUGUUACCAAUUGAUUGGUUAUCCUGCUAAUUGGAAAGGUCCUAAGGGUCAAAGAUUUGCCCCUGGCUUCAAACCUUCAUCUACAAAUGCUAACAAAUCAUCUCAGGCACAUUUGGCAUCUACUUCAACUGAUAGUCCUGACUUAGACCUAUGCAAUCCAGAACUCUACAAUCUGUUUCUUCAGUUCAUGAAGAAUCAAUCAUCUCUUUCUAGUUCUGCUCAUGCUGCCAUGACCAUGUCUCAAUCUCCUGGUCCUCAACAAUCUUCAUCUCCUGAUAACAAUGCUUUCAAAGGACCAAAGUACACAGAAAAUCAUUGGUUAUGCUGAAAUAAAAAAUGGACUCUAUCAGUUACAUCUUCCUAAUCAUACUGCUUCUGCACAGUCUGCCAUUACUGCUCCACACAGUGAUCCUGUCAUUUGGCACUUUAGACUUGGCCACACUCCUUUUAAUAAACUGAGUUCUUUUCCUAUUUCUUUUGACAAUAAAUCUUGUAAUAACAUCACACCUUGUGAUA